AUGAACUCAUUUAGAUCAUUCUCUAUGCAAUGUGUCCAAUCGACCACCACUUGGGAUUCAACAACCAUUAGAAGAAUACCAUAUUAUCGUGAUGAACCAGAAUAUGAUACUGAAACUAAAUUGGAAUUUAUUAGAUUAUUUUUUAAUAGUUUGACAAAUCAAUUCUCUAAAAGAACCUUUACAAGAAAUGAAAAUAAGCAACCAUUUGAAUCCGAAAUGGUAAAUCAAUUCAAUGAUAGCAAAUUAAAAUUAAAUUAUUGUUUAAAAUUAGUUAGAAACAAUUUCUUGUGCGAAACUGGUAAAUUUCAACUUUCAAUCAAAGCAAGAAAAUGUAUAGGUUAUAAUGAAGAUUCUCGUUUAGAUGCUGUAAUUUUUCAAACAUCUGAUUUUCGCCGUAAAGUUAUAUUUAAAGAAGAAGUUGCCAACUAUGAAUUUACUCCAAGUUUGGUAAAUGAAUCAAUUAAAAUAAAGAAUGAAUGUGAAGAUUUAACACUUCUCCUCAAUGAAAGAAGAUUGGUUCUAAAUCAAAAUCCAAUUUUGUUAUCCCAACUAAUCGAUUUGGCAUCAAUUAUUAAAAAUGAAAAACACGAAUAUAAUGCGUUCAAAUAA